GGUGCUCCCGCACCGUCUCGCAGGCUGAAGGAGAAACAGAGAAGGAGAGAAGGAGCGCGAGAGAAACCGGACGACUUAUUAGCGGAGUAGUGGACGGACGACGACGCAGCGGGCGGUCUGGGUUGCGCGACGGCGACUCGGUCUUUCCCGGCACGCACAGCAACGUUUACGGGAUAGGGAAGAGCGGGUAGAACCGCGAGGAGGCGAUCGCGCGCGCGAGUGCGGCGGCCGGCCGACUGACACGUUCUCGUCGUCGUGAUAAUCCCACGGUCCGUCGUCUCGUUACACGCGUCCAGUAAGUCCAGUUGAGCGAGGACGCAGGCAGCGGACAACGCGACCGAGCGGAACGGGCGAGAGCGGGCCCAACGAGCGGAGCGACCCAGCUAUAUACAGCUACGACGAGCCGUCACGAUGAGUUUCCUAUUUGGGAGCAGGUCUUCGAAGACCUUUAAACCAAAGAAAAAUAUCCCGGAGGGCACUCAUCAGUACGACCUGAUGAAACAUGCCGCUGCUACGCUAGGCUCUGGUAAUUUGCGACUGGCCGUUAUGCUUCCCGAAGGAGAGGAUCUGAACGAGUGGGUCGCCGUUAACACCGUUGAUUUUUUCAAUCAAAUCAACAUGCUGUACGGCACCAUCACAGAAUUCUGCACGGAGGAGAGUUGUCCCAUAAUGUCGGCCGGACCGAAGUACGAAUAUCACUGGGCCGACGGCCACACAGUGAAAAAGCCUAUCAAAUGCUCGGCACCCAAAUACAUAGACUACUUAAUGACCUGGGUGCAAGAUCAAUUGGACGACGAGACUCUAUUUCCAUCCAAAAUCGGAGUUCCUUUCCCUAAAAAUUUCUUGUCUAUCGCGAAGACUAUCCUGAAGCGGUUAUUCAGAGUGUACGCUCACAUCUACCAUCAACACUUUAGCGAAGUCGUGCAGCUCGGCGAGGAGGCGCACUUAAACACGUCGUUCAAGCAUUUCAUAUUCUUCGUUCAGGAAUUUAAUUUGAUCGAGAGAAGAGAAUUGGCGCCUCUGCAGGAGCUAAUAGAGAAACUGACGGCGAAAGACGCGCGAUGAGUCCGUCUACCAUCUACGAGCCACUCGUCCUCUCGAAACUUUUCCAAAGAAUCUCUCAACCACGCUGUCUUCGCUAACCCACACAUACAAUUGCAUUAUUUAAACUGAUCUAUUAAUCGCUAACCCCACGAUCUGCCUCCGUCUCGAAGAAUUGGCGGCGAAAACACGCUGCCGUUCCGGAAACAAGUGACUGAUAACACCAGCAAAUGCCUAGGGUGUUCGCUCUAAAGCCUCAUUCUUCUCCGACGGCGAAUGGAUGUAUUCUGUAUACUCACCGCAUACAUAUACACAUACACAACACAAACAAAAAGAGAGAGAUAGAAAACUACUAUCGAGUGGAUAAGGAUAACGAGACGAUAGUUCUAAGACGGCGCGUUCGACUUUGUGACUCGAUCUUUUCUCCGAACGUUCCCCAAACACGUUUCAAUCGUAAUUUAUUGCGUUUUAUCAAUUGCACACCGCUGAUACGCGAAGGAGAGACAGCCGGCAGCGCGAUUUUCAGUACAAAGUGUCGGCGCAUCUCGAGAAGAGGGUGUUUCGAAAAUGCUAAAUAGACGCGUCUCUUUUUCGCAAGCGAACAAGACCACUCGUAAUGCUCGCGGGUUCUGCAAUUUUGUUAUUAUUAUCCGCCGCUCUAUUAUCGGAUGUAAAAAUACUGUCGCUAUUAUGUGAAUGUAGAAAUUACUGAUCGUUUCGUACGGCUAUGUACGAAUGCAACGGCAUAUCGUGAACUUCGUACGGUUACUUUUACGUUUAGGGAUAGUUUUGUAAACGAUUAUUUCCUAUCAUUUCUACGGGUUAGCAUCCCGUAUCGUAUUUUUUUUUUUUUUUUUUUUUUUUUUUUUUUUAUCGAAAAACUGCACAUUGUUGGUAAUAACAUAUUAUAUAUAUAGUGCCGUUAAAAAAAAGGAAAGAAAAGUUAGCGCGCGCAACACGCUAUCGCAUUACUACUGUAACGACUACCUUAAGAGAUAUCGUCCUGUUAAGCGCUUAUAGACUUAUUUAUACGACUAGGGUUUUUGUACGCGUUUUGUCCCCGUAGAAAGUGAUAUUUCCCGCUUCAGACGCUUUUCAAAUGCCGGUAGUCAGGCGGUCUACGUCGUCUUACUGCAAUUCCCCGUAUAAUUCUCAACAAUUUUCCGUUUCCGAUUUCUAGAAAUUACCGUCACGACAACGUUAUCGGCAAAAAAAAAAGAUAUUACGGUGUUUCCGCAAACGCCAAUUGAUGUAACACAAUAUCUUACUAGCUCUUAUUUAUCUUCGUCUACGUCACCGUCUAAUUGAUUUUAUGCUGCAUUAAUGAACAAAGGAUUUCUAUCGAGCCAACACUCUAAUCGUCCACAAAAGCUCCAAUCCGCAACGUCCGACUUCGAGUGCUUUUUUUAGUCGGUACUUAAAGAGAAUAAUUGUACAACUCUCGGGCUAACUGCGCGUCGCGAAUUGCACAAGUAACAUAAUAAUUGGUCGCCGACUAUUAUUACCACUUAAAUAAGAUAACUCGAUUCGUCACGAACGUGUAUCAACGUAAUUUCGUCGUUUCUUUCGGCAAGCUGCGCGUAUACGAUAACGAUAAAUCUUUAGGAAAACUCCGAAGUGCUGAGAAAAAGUCAUAAAAAUGGAAACAUAUUUUUUUCAUUGCAGUAGACGUUAAGAGUUCGAUCGCGUGAACCUUGUAUAUGUAUACGUAUAUACAUAUUGCAUAUAUAUAUAUAUAUAUAUAUAUAUAUAUAUAUAUAUAUAUAUAUUGACGUAUUUUAUUAUAACGACACAAAAUAGUGAUUAAUGACAGCGAAGUAAGGUGAUAGCGCCGAGGGACGAAGGCGGCGCGUAUAGACGCUGAACAUGUAGACGUAAAUGAUAAUGAUAGUAAUGGUAAUAUUAUAUUCGGUACUUAAGGAAAGGCGAUAAGAAGCGGAGAGAGCGAGAGCAAAAAAUACUCGCCUGCGUUCUUCGGAGACGGUAACAAUAGUCCGUCGCGAUGGACGAUAGUCGCCUACUAGAAGACUACUUCAUUCAUUCUCGAUAACCGGUUACAAAUGACUAUUUUUUGGUCUUGUACGAAUAUAUCAGCGAUGUCUCGACGCUAAUCCGCAACUGCUAUCCAUUCGUGAUGUUUAUAGACGCUUACCUUAGCGAUGAUCUCCCCCGAUCAGAAAAAAAACGCGUUUUUUCUCACUUUCCUCUUGAGCGACUUUCCGCGGCGCGAGUGCCUCAAACGCGACUGUCCGACACGGUCGUGCAAAUUAUCUGCGAACAACACGUUUCGAAAUUAUCGUAAAAUAAAUAUUACACACGGAAGAAUAGCGAAAGAUCGAAAAAAAAAACUCGACGCCGGAAGAGCCGAACUGACGAGGGAUAUAUUUCUCGAGUAUUCACAAAUUCUGUAACUUUUAUAGAUCUCUAUUAAAUUAUAAAUAAAGUAAGUUUUCGAGGACAUUUUCAAGCUCUUAGCUGAACGUCUCGAGAAAGAAAGACGGCUGUCUGCAAGAUUGUUCCGAAUCUUCGGCUCUUUUAGCGUCAAAAUUACGCGCACUAAGUAAUCGUAAUCUGCUAAGAUUAGAAAGAAUGAAAAUUAACGCAAGGUUUGUAGAAACUGAUUUGACGUUGAUAAUCUGAUCAGUCGAGUUGUGAACACGAAGCGAUAACUCGAUCGCGUAAAGGGACCAUUUUUACGCUAGAAAUCCUCUUGAGAUCAUUUCUUUACGCGUCGGGGAAGACGAUCGUGUUGAGAUGAGGUUGUAUUCUUUUCGUUCGGAACGGCCUUUCGCGGGGAGUUCUCAACGACCAACUGUCCGCUCGUCUGAUAGUAACGCUAGUGAUAUAUGUGCAAUGUAAAUAAUAUUUUUCAUGAUUAAACGGGAAAACCCUCGCGUCCUAAUCACGGCGCAUGGGCCGCGUCUAAAAUGUUUAUAGUCCUGAAUAUAAUCUUGUAAUCUUUCUGUAAUAAAUAUCGUUCCGAUUGUA